AUGACCGGCGGCGAUGACGAGAACCGUCCGUCUUUUUCCAAGUUCUGGAAGCGUACAAAGGCGGCCGGGAAGCAGACGCAGUUUGUAUUUGUGUCGCCAGAGGGCUCUUCCAAAGAUGAGGCCCAAACCCCAACAGCCGAAGAGAAAGCUCAAGCCAGGAGAGCCCAGGUGAGGAAAGCGCAAACCGAACAUCGCCAACGCAAAGUCAACUACGUCAAGAAGCUCGAGCUCGAUGUCAACCGUCUUCGAGAUGCCAUAGCCGAAGCUGAGGUAGACGUUGCGAAACUACGAAAAGAGAAUGCAGAGAUGAAGUCCGGCCUGGCGAGCAUCGAUCCAGAAACUGCCUGGAAGAACAAGCCCUUGCCUUCUUUACCUGGCAUAGCUGAGGGCGGUGCACAACAGCUGGAUGACCUCGGUGACCUCGCAGACCUCGACCUGAACGCGUUUGACUUCUCUCUACCCCUUGACAGCGCCUCAAUAUCAUCUAGCGAUAUGCUUGCCUGCCUCGGCAUGGACGACACCAUGCAGAAACCCUGCUACAGGAUCGCUUCAUCGCCGAGCAGGUCCUUGCCUACAUCCUCCGGAAGUCCCUGGACCUUUCCGAAUUCUCCUCCCUUGUCGACUCAAAAGGAAGAUCUUGCCAUCAACUUCAUCCUCGCACUCGAACAUGUUUGCUGGGAUCACCUCCACCUAACCAACUUCCCCGCCCAUAGCGACGACGCCGACGACCAAUGUGGCCACACCCUCCUAGCCUCGACAUUCUGCUUAGCUAGUGCUCCUUCUUCGGUGUACGAUGAUCGCGCACAGUUCCAACAAACUCCAUCCGAAGCCCCGUCAUCGCCGUGGCCCACUGCCGGUCUUACUCUGCAGAAUCUGCAUAGGCUGGCGGCUUCGCUGCACCUCGACGACAAGGAACUUACCCCGGUUCAAGGGUGGUUCGAGUUGGCGUCGAGGUAUACUGAGGAUGUUCUCUUAAACAAGUCGGUCAUGGAGUCUUUGAAGCUCGAUAUCCAUGACCUGUCGAUCGCCGAGCUACAGAGGCACAUGAUCGACGGCAAGUUCUCAGCUUGGGACCUUACCGAGUGCUACUUGGAGAGGAUCCGGCGCCUAAACCCGGUUCUGAAGGCGGUUAUCGAAGUAAACCCCGACGCCCUAACUAUCGCCGAUGAACGUGACAUCGAACGCAAGAAAGGCACGAUGAGGGGUCCUCUUCACGGAAUACCGUACCUGGUCAAGGACAACAUCUGCACAAAGGAUAAAAUGCAAACCACGGCCGGAUCACGAGCGCUGAUCGGGACAGCCGUCGAUAGUGAUGCGGUUGUCGUAGCCAAGCUUCGAGAGGCCGGUGCCGUUCUCCUUGGCCACGCUAAUCUGUCAGAAUGGGCCUGCAUGCGGACAUCGUAUUACUCCGAGGGAUACUCCGGUCGAGGCGGCCAAUGUCGCAACCCACACAACCUUGCAGAGCAUCCAGGAGGAUCUAGCUCGGGGAGUGCAGUCGCAGUCGCCAUCUCCAUGUGUGCCUUUGCACUAGGGACGGAAACGGAUGGAAGCGUUACCUAUCCAUCCGACCGAAAUGGAGUAGUGGGACUAAAGCCGACCCUAGGAGUCACGUCCCGUCGAGGUGUUAUCCCAGAAUCCCAUAACCUCGAUGUCGUGGGACCCAUUGCGAAAAAUGUCGAGGAUGCAGCAGUGGUGCUCAGCGUCAUUUCUGGGGAAUGCGAUCAGGAAGCACCAGUCGGCGUUAAAGGGAGCGAGAUUUGCAAUGCCCUGGACAAGGGAGCCAUCGAUCGUAUCAGGAAGUCCGGGGCAGAGGUCUUCGAGGACGUUGAUUUUCCCUCUGCGGAAGACAUAAUUCCGCCUGUUGGUUGGGACUGGAACUAUCCUCGCGAACCGAGUAAAUCGGAGUUUACAGUCGUGAAAACCGACUUUUACAACCAGCUCAAAGCAUAUCUCGCAUCACUGGCGGAGAACCCCUGGAACCUGGAGAGUUUGGAGGACAUCAUCGAGUUCAACAAGAAAAACGCAGAGGAUGAAGGCGGCCUGCCAGGCCUGCACGGCGCGUGGCCGAUGGGCCAAGAUAACUUUCACCGUUGUGCGGAUUCUCGAGGAAUAGAGGAUGAGGCGUACCACUCGGCUGUCGACUACAUAAGGCAGAAGAGCCGCGAGGAAGGCAUAGAUGCCGUGCUUCGAUCCAAGGGGGGUCUUCUCGAUGGCAUCUUGGUACCUAUACAGGCGGACGGCGGAGUGGCCAACCAAGUUGCUGCCAAGGCGGGAUAUCCGGCAAUAACAAUCCCGGUAGCUGUGAACAAAGAUGAUGAUGUUCCGUUUGGCCUGGUAAUCAUACAGACUGCAGGAAGAGAAGAUCUUCUGAUAAAAUACGGAUCCGCCAUUGAACAUCUCAUUCGGGGAAGGCCUCGGGCAAGGUUUCUAAACAUCGAUGCUGACAACUACAUGUAUGUCGGCGUACCACCAGAUGGUGGUGAUGAUGCCCGCAUGUCCUCCUCGGACUGA